AUGAACUUCCACUGUACCGCGUUUCACUCUCCGCACUGGUACUUCCAUUUGUGGAAGGCGUUACAGACAGACAGACAAACCUCGUUACCAACACUACUAUCAGCCUGCGAGCAGCACAGCUACCAACUCGGCUACCGUUGGAAUCCGAACAAGUGCGUCGUCCUCAACACUGACACCUCUCCUUCAUUGGCAGUAUCAUCGCUCUCAUCUUACCAACUUUACGGUACUACACUUCCGAAUGCUGACAUUUUUCGGUAUCUCGGCCUCAGUCCUACCGGUCUCACUCGUUUGCUCGCUGCAAGGAUCUAUGGUCAGUUCAUAUGCCCUCAAAUGGAGUAUGGUUUAGCCAUCCAGAAGCCACUCCAGAAGCACAUCAAACUGUUGGAGGACGCCCAAUCGGCUUGCCUUCGGCGCUUCUAUGGCAGCUCGAAUAGCACCUCAUCAACCAAGGUCAUGCAGCAUCUGGUCAAUAUCCCUCCUAUGAAACUCAGAGUGGCUGUUCUUCAAACGAAAUUUCUCAAUCGAAGUCAUUGGUUACCUGAUGAUGCUCUAAUAUCCAAGCUCGUCCCGCGACUUUCUGUCGUCUCUACGAGCCGAUACCGUCACCUGCAACGCACCACAUUGUGGCAACGUCUCCCUUCUACAGAGGCGCCAUUUGACAAGAAAGCCUUAUCACAUGCUAUUCGCAACCUGUAUACUACCGAUUUUGAAUCUACUCUUCUUGGCCCACGCGCUAAAUUGCUCUCUGCUUGUCGUCCUACACUGGGUGUCGACCCAAUCGUUUGGCUCCCGAUGCGAUACCACCAUCGAAGUCGUCUCAUACGUUGGCGAUUUGGCUGGAUGCCGAAUGGUCGUCCGGAGGCUAUCUGCCGCAAUUGUUCAGAUCGCCAUCACCUAUCUCGGGACCAUGUCAUCAUCUGUCUGCAAGCACAUGUGCGUUUACAAGUUCCUCUUGUAAUCCUGGAUCCUAUCUCCUUCAUACUCAACUCGUUACCAAGAACUCGCCCUCGCAGCACCACCACCAAACGUUAUUGGCGCUCUUGUUGGCCCCGACUCACCAGCUUACUCCGAGACAUCGAUCGUUUAUGCCACGACGACGACCUAUUCACUGAAGACACUGGCAUUGCCACCACCCCGUGCAACGACUUUUUGCUAUGGCUUGAUCAAACCAAUGCUGAUUCACGCCUAUCUCUUUCCCCUUCGCCCUCCCUCACACCCUAA